AUGCAUCGUCACAAAUAUUUUGUUUUAUCAAAUGAACAAUCUCCACAAUUAUCUACAUUGAAAAUUUGCAAGAAUUUAGAACAAUUUAUGUUUGAAAUAAAAUCACCGAAUAAUAAUCUCGACAUUGUUCCUUCUGCUCCAGUGAAAUUUGCAAUUUCCGAGAUGUAUGCACAAUGCAUUUAG